AUGGUGAAGUUCUUGAAGCAGAACAAGGCAGUGAUCCUCCUCCAAGGCCGAUACGCCGGAAAGAAAGCCGUCAUCAUCCGUUCCUUCGACGACGGAAACCGUGAGCGUCCUUACGGACACUGCCUCGUGGCCGGACUCAAGAAGUACCCGAGCAAGGUCAUCCGCAAAGACUCAGCCAAGAAGACGGCGAAGAAAUCUAGGGUUAAGUGUUUCAUCAAGGUCGUUAACUACCAGCAUCUGAUGCCUACUCGUUACACUCUUGACGUGGAUCUCAAGGAAGUGGCGACUCUCGAGGCUCUGGCUUCCAAGGACAAGAAGGUCGCUGCUCUCAAGGAGGCGAAGGCUAAGCUCGAGGAGCGUUUCAAGACUGGGAAGAACAGGUGGUUCUUUACCAAGCUUAGGUUCUGAAGGAGUUCUUGUCGGAAGAAACGGUUUGAGGUUUUUUGUUUUGUUGUUGUUGCGUUUUCGUAUCCAAUAUUUAAAACAGCUUGCUAUUAGUUCAUAUGGAGGACAAUUUGGAACCUGUUUUGGAUUAUGAAAGACUUUUGUUGGAAUUUGUGUUUUGGAGUUUGAUUCUAUUUUGCAUUUUGAUUACCUCUUUGCUUCCACUGAAUGAUUUGCUUAGGAUUUUGUGAUAAUUUUGAGUUUUAGUAAUGUGUAUCUAGCUUUGAUCAAAAUCUCGGUUAGAAAUGAUCAAUAUUGCAUUUCUUGAACAAAAGUCUCCCAUUUUUUGAUUAACCGUUACACUUUUGUAGA